CAAUGUUUGCUUUUCCGAGUCCUGAGUUGCUUCGACUUCGCUGCGCUGCAGGCGACGAGACCUUGGUGUGCGUGGAACUCCCCCACAGGAGAGCACGACCCACUUUUCCAGCCUGACCUCGCCGCAGCCCGCUAAUACCAGUCAGUACUUUGUCAGUACUUUCCAGCGAGCAGAAGGACUAAAACUAUUUUUUUUUCCCCUGAUGUUUGCUGCCAAGUUGCAUCCUCGUCACCACUCAUGGAUGUUGAAAACUUUCCGCAUUCUCGUCGGUGGCGCCCAGCUCUAACGGGGAAGCUGUAUCUUCCAGGUGGUGUCGCAUGCUGUGGGCGGGCGGCAGCUGUCCAGACUGGAGCACACCUUCCUGACCUUCAUCAUAGUUGCAGCCUGCGCCGCCAUCUCUCUGGCCUCCGACUGUCUGGGAAUGGUCCUGGAACUGAACGGCGCGGUGAGCGCCACGCCGCUGAUCUUCAUCGUCCCCUCCGCCUGCUACCUCAAACUGUCCUCGGGUCCCUGGUACCAGCGGGACCACUGGAUCCCCGUCCUGCUCAUCCUGGUGGGAGCCAUCGUCAUGGUAACCAGUCUGACCAUGACCUUCCUCAGCCCCCAGGACUGUUCUCACGGGGCCGACUUGUUCUACUGUGGGGGGGCUCAUGUCUCUGCCACACUACCACCUCUAUGAGUAUGACACGCCCCCUUGAUGCACGACUUACAUGUCUAUGUCUUUUUAUUUCCUAGUCAGAUUUUAGAACAGCUAAAGUGUGAGCCUUUUACAUAGACCUUGAAUUUGGAAUGUUGGUAUGAAGCCAUAACUAUCUGUUAGCUCAACUGUCCGAAGUAGGGAGGAGAAGAAGAGGGGCGGGUGAGAGGGAGAAACUGCCAUUUUAGGAUUAGAUCAAUUUGGACCGUGCCUUUGAAAUGUUGUAUCUAGAUUGAUCUCCCAAAGCGCUUUGGUUAUAAAAUAUCAAAAUGAGCAACCUCUGUCUCUGAUUGAUUUAAAACCAGCUUAUGUGUCAUAAAAGAACCUGGGGGCGUUGACCGAAGGAAGAACACUUUGUUUACUCCUUUAUUGAUGGAAGUGGAAGCUUGAAACACAUACACUAUAUUGCCAAAAAGUAUUUGGCCACCCAUCCAAAUCACUUAACCCGGUGCAUCAAAUAAAGCACUUAGGCAUGGAGACUGCUUCUACAAACAUUUGCGAAAGAAUGGGCCGCUCUUAGUGAUUUCCAGCAUGGAACCGUCACAGGAUGCCACCCAGUCCAUUUCAUAUUCCAAAGUCAACUUUAUUAGAAGAAAAGCGAAGAGUUUUGGGAACAACAGCAACUCAGCCACCAAGUGGUUGGCCACGUAAACGGACAGAGCGGGGGGGAAGCGCAUAGUGCAAAGACUUUCUGCACGAUCACUUGCUACGUCAUGUGAACUUCCAAUUAGCCCACAUACAGUACGCAGAGAACUUCAUGAAUUCCUUUUCCAUGGCCGGGCGGCUGAAUCUAAGCCAUGCAUCACCAAGUCCAAUGCAAAGCGUGGGAUGCAUAAUAAUAAUAAUAAUAAUAAUGGAUUAGAUUUAUAUCGCGCUUUUCUAUUGUUAGAUACUCAAAGCGCUCACAGAGAAGUGGGAACCCAUCAUUCAUUCACACCUGGUGGUGGUAAGCUACAUCAGUAGCCACAGCUGCCCUGGGUAAUACUGACGGAAGCGUGGCUGCCAGUUUGCGCCUACGGCCCCUCCGACCACCACCAAUCAUUUAUUCAUCAUUCAUUCACCAGUGCCCAAGGACACAACGCCAGCGAUUUUGGAUGUCAAUAGGUGGGAAGCGUACCUGCAACCCUUGGGUGUCUGGCACGGCCGCCCUACCCACUACGCCAUGCCGCAGUGGUGUAAAUGACCGUGCACCAGUGCACAAAGCAAGGUCCAUAAAGAUAUGGAUUCAAGAGUCCGGUGUGGAUGUACUUGACUGGCCUGCACAGAGUCCUGACCUGACCUUUGGGAUGAAUUAGAACGGACACUGAGAGUGUGUGACCUCACCAGUGCGCUUUUUGGAAGAAUGGUGGACAAUUCCUAUAAAGACACUCCGCAACCUUGUGGACAGCCUUCCCAGGAGAGUUUAACCUGCAGAAGGUCAUUUUUGAACCCUAUGGGUUAGGAAUGGGAUGGCACGUUAACUUCAUAUGUGGGUCAAGGCAGGUGGCCCAAUACUUUUGGCAAUGUAGUGUGAUUGACGUGUCAAUCUUUGAUGUGAGACGGGGACUGAAAUGUCUCUAGGACCAUGUCAGCUGGGAUAGGCUCCUGCGCUCAUCACCCUAAUGGAGAGCAGUGGACAUGUGUAGGAGAAUAAUAAUGUUUUUUUCUUUUUUAUUGAUGUGAACAUGAAGUACAGUUCAGCACUGAAGACAUCCAUGUUUGUGCCAAAUGUCCAAUAUGCUGUAAAAAUGUUUUGUAGCAGGAAUGUCCAAAGUCUGCUCUGUUUAUUAAUGGCCAAAAAAAACAAAAUCUAUUCAGGUAAAUAAAUCUUUUUUUUUUUUUAA